CAUCGUCAUAGCGUUUGUGUUGACUUUUGUCACGAGAACUUUACUUUUGUCUUUUGUUCGGUGUCUUACUUUGCUACUGCUAAGACGGAAUACACGAUUGGGAAGUUGACAAAGCGAACGGAACAUCUAUUCCUUCAAAUCAAGAUGGGUCUGCUAGUUUUCGCUUUUCUAGCAUCAAUUGUGGGGCUUACUGCAUCACAGAGUUUAGUAUUAGUUGGCGGCGGUUUAACUGAUGGCAAUGCUGAUGUUUGGAAUAAAGUGAUUGAACUAGCGGGAGGCCCAGGCGUAGCAAAGAUUGGCGUUUUCACUACGGCGUCUUCGGAUCCUAUAGGGGCUGCGGCAUAUUAUGUUGAUAUGUUCGUGAAUACCUACGGAGCAGCCAGCGCAACGUACAUUCCAGUAACAGAGAACAGCAAUAAUGCCGAUGACCAAUCCGUAGUCGAACUGGUCAGACAACAGACUGGCUUUUUCUUCGGUGGAGGCGAUCAACUGAGGAUUCUAACGGCCCUUCGACCUGGCGGCAGAGAUACGCUUGUCCUUGCAGCACUGAAAGACAUGUUACAAUCUGGUGCAGUGGUAGGAGGAACAAGUGCCGGAACGGCUUGUCAGAGUGCUGCCGUUAUGAUUACGAGUGGAUCUAGCUGGAAUGCUUUGACCUACGGUGCUUUCAGUGGCGGACCUAAACCACUCAAUCCAGACUAUCUAACUUAUGACGAAAACGGUGGUCUAGGUUUACUAACUGGUUGGGUUACAGAUACCCACUUUAGUGAGCGAGGGCGGGAGGGUCGCCUCAUUCGGUUACUGCAGGAUACUCGAAACCGUGACAUCGGAACGACUAGAGGCUUUGGAGUGGACGAAGACAUGGCUCUGGUGAUAACCAAUUUAUACACACAACCUGUCGGAACGGUUAUUGGUACAAGUGGGGGCGUGUUUUUUGCUGAUGUCACUAGCACUGUUGUCGUUCCUUCCCCAAAUACUUUCUACGCAGGAGUUUCUGCACAUUAUCUAACUCAAGAUGAUUCAAUUGAUCUUACAACUGGAGACAUCACAUUUGCUCCGUGGAAAUCUCCUCUAAAAGGCAACGAAUAUUAUUUUAACGCUGAGGUAUCAACAGACAUUUUAUCUGCAACGAUGAACCGUCGAUGGGCUAAUGCUGCCGACCAGUUUUUUGACAACCGAAGAGACGAUUCUAUUGCCCAUUUGUCUUUCGAAAGAAACCCACAAUAUGAAGUCAUCUUUGAUCGUCUGGCGGGGGCCGGAUAUGGAGGACAUUAUCCUAGCAAUCCCAAUAAAUUUGUGGUGUCCUACAAAAACCUUCAGGUUGCAAUUCAUGAAAGCACAAAUGCAUAAAUGUAUCGAACUGUUGCAUUUCCCGAACAGCGACACAAUCGUUUAUCGCGAGAUCGGAUAGGGCUUACCUUGAAAUACAAUUAACUGCAUUAAAAA